AUGGAGCCUUCCGGUGCACAGACUGAUGACCUGACUCCUGACAGGGACAUCAUUACAGAUGUAGAGGUUGAGGCUACCAGACAGUUCAUUGCAUGUUUGGGAGAUUUAUCACUAAUCAGUGAGGAGUUGCUGAUUUGUUACAUCAACGAGUUGGACCAUGUGAAGCUGCACAUGGGCAUCACUGGGGAGUCCGGUUCUGGUAAAUCCUCGUUUGUGAAUGCCCUCCGGGCCUUAGGGGACGACGAAGAGCUGUCUGCUCCAACAGGACCAGUGGAGACCACCAUGGAGCCCACAGCUUACCCCCACCCCAAGUACCCAAACAUCAUCUUGUGGGAUCUGCCAGGCAUUGGAACCCCCCCAUUUAAAGCUGAGGAGUACCUGGAGAAAGUCCAAUUUCACCGUUAUGACUUUUUCAUUCUCAUUUCAUCAGAGCGUUUUAAGAGCAGCUGUGUUCAAUUGUGUGAACAGAUCCAGGAAAUGAAAAAAAGCUCCAAGAUCGAUAACACCAUAAGGGGAGAGAAAAGAGGAACAUUGACCGAGAACAAGUGCUUGAUAAAAUACGAAAGGAAAUGGUGUUCCUAAGGCCUCCAGCAAUGUAACAUAGGAUCCCCUGCAGUCUUCCUAAUAUCCAGCUAUGACCUUGGCCUCUAUGACUUCAGCCUCCUGGAGGAGACUUUGGCAAAAGAUCUGCACAAGCAUAAGUGUCAUGUUCUGCUGCAGUCUCUGCCCAAUGUGAACAUGAAGAUCCACCAUAGAAAGGUGGAGGCUCUUAAGGCCAACAUAUGGCGGAUGGCUCUUUUGUCAGCAGCUAUGGCAACUGUACCCAUCCCAGGCCUUUCAUUUGCUAUAGACCUGGGAAUCCUAGUGACCGAGAUCAAACGGUAUUAUGACACUUUUGGUUUGGAUGACGAGUCCCUGGAGAGCCUCUCCAGUCAGAUGGAGGUGCCGGUGGAGGAGUUUAGGGCUUGUCUCAAGUCUCCUCUGAGUAAGGAGAUCAGUGCUGAGGUGGUGGUGAAGAUGCUGACCACAGUGGCAGGUGCUGGAGAGGCGGUGGUGGAGUUCUGGCUCAGCACUUUACCCAUUCUGGGAUCCCUGGCAGCCGGCUCACUGUCAUUUGUUACCGUCAAAACCAUGCUGGGAAAGUGCCUGCAAGAGCUUGCAGAUGAUGCUCAGCGAAUUCUAGAGAGGGGUCUUCAGUCUAGAGCAUGA